UCAGCCAUGUUGUUUGUCUGACAGCGCCCGGAUAGCAACUGGUUGUCAAGCUUCUCAAUAAACGCACUGCUUAAAUACAUACAAGACACUCUGAAACUCUGAGGACAAUGAAGAAGGAUAUGUUUCCUUCCCAGGAGAUUUCGCAAAGUCAAUAAUGCCCAUUUCUCCAAUGUUGUGUAAAAUGACUGAUCUAGCCAGCUGAGACGAGGGGAUCAGGACCGCUCUCCUUAUAACCCUGCCACCUGCAGCCAUGAAUGGUGGUUUGAGUAUUUGGGCUAUAACCCCAGAUGAGAGGGACAAACAUGAUCAGAAGUUUGACACCCUCUCCCCAGUGCAGGGUUUUGUAACAGGAGAGAAGGCACGGAACUUCUUCAUGCAGUCUGGGCUUCCCCGGCCGGUGCUCGCUGAGAUCUGGGCUCUGGCUGAUAUGAAUAAAGAUGGUAAGAUGGACCGGCUGGAGUUUUCUAUAGCCAUGAAGCUGAUCAAGAUGAAACUGCAGGGACAGAUUCUUCCUACAGCUCUGCCCAUCAUCAUGAAGCAGCCACCUGUGCCAGCUCCAACCAUGCCAGCAGCACCUCUUGGUAUGCAGCCAGCCUGCACAGUAACAAGAAUGGUAACUAUGCCAAACGUACCCAUGAUGCCCAAUGUGCCCAUUCUUACCCACAUGAGCACCAUGCCGGGCCUGACACCCAUGAUGGGCACAGGGCUGUCUGGGCUGUCAGUGAUGCCCACCAUCAGUACUCCAGCUCUGCCUAAUGGACCUAUUGCCAUCCUACAGCCAACCCCCAUCUCUCUCACCUCAACUCUCCCGCUGUCAAGUUCAUUUUCCUCUUCUCCACUUGGCCUCUCUGCCACUCCCAUCAACAAGACCCCAUCCCUGUUGGACCUGGGCUCGAGCAGUUCAAGCUCCUCCCCCACCCUCUCUUUGGCCAGCAACUCUCCUAAGGCUGGCCCCUCUGAUUGGGCAGUGCCACAGGCAUCACGACUCAAAUACAGGCAGCAAUUUAACAUCCUAGACAAGCAGAUGAGUAGUUAUCUAACAGGCCUUCAAGUGAGAAAUGCAAUGGCUACAACAUUGCUUACUCAGACCCAGCUUGCUUCCAUCUGGAAUCUGGCUGAUGUGAAUAAGGACGGCAAACUGAGUGCUGAUGAGUUUAUUCUUGCCAUGCACCUGGUAGACAUGGCUAAAAUGGGACAGCCGCUGCCUCUGGUGCUCCCUUCAGAUUUGGUGCCCCCAUCACUAAGGGGGAAGGUGGGUGAUUCUGUGAAUGGAACCACUCCUUCUAUCUAUGCAGGCCUGGCUGAGGACCUCUAUGAGGCUGAGCCUCCGCAAAAAUCAAGGAACAAUUUGACUUUUGAGGAUAGGUUUAAGCAGAAUAUGGAGCUGGGAAAUGCUGAGCUGGAGAAGCGUCGACAGGCCCUGCAGGAGCAGCAGCGUAGGGAGGAGGAGAGGAGGUCACAGAAGGCCAGAGAGGAGCAGGAGAGGAGAGAGAGGGAGGCACGAGAGCUGGAGCUGAAGAGAAAGCGAGAGGAGGAGCAGAGACUAGAGCGACAGAGAGAGCUGGAGAGACAGAGAGAGGAGGAGAGACUCCGAGAGUUGGAGAGAAAAGAGACAGCCAAGAAGGAGCUGGAGCGCCAGCAGCAGCUUGAAUGGGAGAGGAGGAGAAAACAAGAGCUUCAGAACCAGAAGAGUGAUGAGCAGGAGGAGAUUAUCAAGCUCCGAGCUAAGAAGAGAAGUCUGGAGAUGGAAUUGGAAGCUGUGGGGAACAAGCAGAAACAAAUCUCUGACAAGCUCCGAGAUGCUCAAGGCAAAAAAAGAAUCCAUAAAAAUGACCUGGAAAUGAUCAACCAGAAAAGAGACACCUGCAUCACAGUAAUCAACUCACUGCAGAAGCAGUUAGAGGAGUUUAAGAGAAAGUUGGGACAGUCAACCACAGAGCAGGCCAAACUCAAUGAGAGACUCAGCAAUCUGACUCUGAACAACCUCCCUUCUGCGACAGUAACCACUUUACAGAGGAAUGUGGAAGAGAAGGAUCUUGCCUGUCGAAAGCUUAAAGAACAGCUAAAUGCUUUAGAGACCGAGACUGCAGCGAAACUAGCAGACAUGGACCAAUAUAAGAAAGAAAUCCAGGAUCUCAGAGAGAGCCAGAGGAUGCAACAGUCUACUUUGGAAAAACUCUGCACCAUUAAGGAAGACAAAAUUCGAGAGCUAAAGAAACACAAGCAGGAGAAACUGGAAAAGAAGAGGAGAGAAGAGGAAGAGCAGAAGCGAAUCAAACUGGAGAAGGAACGGCAGUGGCAGGAGAAACUGCGGCGAGAUGAAGAGGAGAAACAGAGGAAAAUACAGGAGGAGAGAGAGGCCAAACUUCGUGAGGAGGAGGAGAGGGAGAGACAAGGUCGUUUACUGGCUGCUAAAGAACAAGCGGAGCGAGAGUGCAAAGCCCGAGAGGAGGAGGAGAGGAAACGCAGAGAGGAGGAGGAGCGGAGAAGGCGAGAGGAUGAAGAAAAGAGAGAGCAAGAGAGAAGGAGACUUGAGGAGAAAAGAAGGCAGGAGGAGGAGGAGGAACGCAGACGACGAGAUGAAGAGAGGAGAAAACUGGAAGAAGAGAGGAGGAAAUUGGAGGAGGAAAGGAGAAAACUGGAGGAGGAGAGAAGGCGACAGGAGGAGAUGAGAUUAGAGGAGGAGAGGAAGCGUGAGGAGCGGAGAAGAGCAGAGGAGGAGCGGAAGAGGAAAGAGGAGGAUAGACGAGAAGAGGAGAGGAGAAGGGAGCGGGAGGAGGAGGAAAUUAGGCGACAACGUGCCCAGGAGGCAGCCAAGAGAGACGCUGAGGAGACGAAGAGACUAGAGGAGGAGAGAAAGAGAAAGGAGGAGGAGAGGAAAAGGCAGGAAGAGGUGGAAAGAAGGCGUCGGGUGGAGGAGCAAAGGAAACAGGAUGAGGAGAGGAAGAGGAAACAGCUGGAGGUGGAGGCCGCAGCCGCGAGUCUCAAAGACGAUCAACAGAACAAGAAGAACACUGUAAAAUCAGACAUUGUUGCUGCUCUUCUGCGCGGCCUGGAGGAGAGGAAAGGAAACAGGCAGCCACUUGGUACACAGCAUAGAAGAUCAGCAGCACUUACCACAUUUAAAGCCCUCUAUCCAUUCACAGCCAGAAACGAAGAUGAGCUCUCCUUUGAAGCUGAUGACUUGAUUGAGGUGGAUGAGAGCAUGGAGAGAGAGCAGGGCUGGCUGUAUGGCUGUCGGCAGGGGAAGAUGGGCUGGUUACCUGAGAGCUAUGUAGAGAAGCAGGCCAAAUCUGAGGUUGUGCCUACAGCCAAACAAGCCCUAAAGCCACAGGUCUCCAUCUCGACCAGCAAACUGAGUGAAGCCUCUGUGCCAAGUGGAUCACGACUGAGCUCUGCCUUCACCCCCACUCAUACCACAAGCUCCACCUCUUCCAACCAUAAUCAGGUGGUGGGGAAUGUGCAAGCGCAAGCUUUGUGCUCUUGGACUGCAAAGACAAACAAUCAUCUCAACUUCUCCAAAGAUGAUGUCAUCACAGUUGUGGAGCAGCAGGAGAACUGGUGGCUGGGAGAACUCAAUGGGGUUCGGGGGUGGUUCCCCAAAACCUAUGUCACAGCGCUGAGAAGCAGUGACACAAAAGCAUAUUCUGCUGAUGGAUCUGAUUCAGCAACAGAUGGAUCCAACUAUGAAGAGUAUGUGGCACUCUACACUUAUGAGAGCCCAGAGCCUGGAGACCUGACCUUCACUGAGGGAGACACCAUCCUGGUGACGGAGAGAGAGGGGGAGUGGUGGAGAGGCAGCAUAGGAGACAGAUCAGGAGUCUUCCCCUCCAAUUAUGUCAAGUCAAAGGAGACUGAUACUUCAAGUCUCUCUGGCAAACCUGGAACGCCUGGGAAGAAGCCAGAAGUGGCCCAGGUGAGCACUGCGUAUACAGCUGCCGGCGCAGAGCAGUUGAAUCUCGCCCCAGGCCAACUCAUCCUCAUCCUCAACAAGAACCCCUCUGGCUGGUGGCUUGGUGAACUUCAGGCAAGGGGGAAGAAGCGUCAGAAGGGCUGGUUCCCUGCAUCACACGUCAAGCUCUUAGGCUCAAACAGCGGCAAAUCCACACCUGCACCUGUGGCCGUCUGCCAAGUCAUCGCCAUAUACGACUACACAGCAGCGAAUGAGGAUGAGCUGAGCUUCUCCAAGAGUCAAGUUAUCAAUGUGCUGGACAAAAGUAAUCCUGAUUGGUGGAAAGGAGAACUCAGUGGGGUCACGGGAUUGAUCCCAACCAACUAUGUGAAAAUGACCACCUCAGAUUCUGACCCCAGUCAACAGUGGUGUGCCGACCUAAACACUCUGGAUUCAUUGAGCCCUCAGGAGAGAAAACGGCAAGGUUACAUCCAUGAGCUCAUUGAGACAGAGGAGAAAUACAUGGAAGACCUACAGCUGGUCCUGGAGGUCUUUCACAAGCCCAUGUCUGAGUCAGGUCGUCUCACUGACGCUGAAAUGAAUAUGAUAUUCGUCAACUGGAGGGAACUUAUCCAGUGCAACGCCAAGAUGCUGAAAGCCCUGAAGGCAAGAAAGAAGACAGGGGGAGAGAACAUGCCAGUUCACAUGAUUGGGGACAUCCUGGCCUCUGAGCUGUCACACAUGCAGGCCUACAUCCGCUUCUGUAGCUGCCAGCUGAACGGCGCCACACUGUUGCAGCAGAGAACCGAUCAGGAGCCAGACUUCAAAACCUUUCUAAAGAAAAUUGCCACAGACUACCGCUGUAAAGGUAUGCCUUUGUCCAGCUUUUUACUUAAGCCUAUGCAAAGGAUCACCCGCUACCCUCUUCAUAUUAAAAAUAUCCUGGAAAGUACUCCAGAGAGUCAUGUGGAUUAUGUUCAGCUGCUAGAUGCGUUGGAGAAAGCAGAGUUGCUGUGUUCUCAGGUGAAUGAGGGUGUCAGGGAGAAGGAGAACUCCGACAGGCUGGAGUGGAUCCAAUCCCAUGUGCAGUGUGAAGGCAUCUCUGAUAAUCUGGCUUUCAACUCUCUGACCAACUGCAUGGGUCCUCGUAAACUGCUGCACAGUGGGAAGCUGUUUAAGACCAAGAGCAAUAAGGAGUUGUACGCUUUUCUGUUCAAUGACUUUUUGCUGUUCACCCAAGCUGUCAGGCAGUUCACCUCCUCAGGAACAGACAAGCUCUUCAGCCCCAAGUCCAAUACUCAAUACAAGAUGUACAAGACGCCUGUGUUUCUUAAUGAAGUUCUGGUGAAGCUUCCGUCCGACCCGUCCAGUGAUGAGCCCGUCUUCCACAUUUCCCACAUAGAUCGUGUCUACACCCUCAAAACUGAGAACAUUAACGAGAGGACUGCAUGGGUUCAGAAGAUCAAAGCAGCAUCAGAAGAAUUCUUAGAGAUGGAGAAGAAGAAACGGGACAGGGCCUAUCUAUCUCGUUCAAUGAAGGCAAGUUCAACUGGUCGUCUGCUUGUCACCAUCUUGGAGGCAAUGGAGCUAAAGUCCUCCAAACCAAAUGGGAAGAGUAAUCCAUACUGUGAAGUGACCAUGGGCUCUCAGUGCUACACCUCUCGAACCAUCAAUGACACAAUCAACCCCAAAUGGAACUUUAAUUGUCAGUUCCACAUAAAGGACGUGUAUCAAGAUGUCCUCUGCAUUACCAUUUGUGAGCGGGAGCAAUUUUCCCCCGACGACUUCUUAGGUCGCACUGAAGUUCCUGUGGCCACCAUUAAGAAAGAGCUUGCAAAUAAAGGUCCAUCCACCAGGAGGCUGCUGCUUCAUGAAGUUCCCACCGGGGAGGUUUGGGUUCGGCUUGACCUGCAGCUGUUUGACCACAAAGGCAACAAAUGAGAAAAUUUUGCCUUUAAAAUUAAACCUCAAGCACAUGGAUUCACCACUUACUCUCAAGAUCUUCCAUACUUGCCCUUGCCUUAAAAUGCUCUCAGCAACUGUGGAACGUACUACUGAAUGUGUGACAAUUUGAAAGACGAGUUAGCGAUCACAUUUUUGCCAAGUUUUGCUUUUUGAUUACGUGACAUUGGGAGGAAAAGGGAGAAUCUGGGGGAAUUUGUGGUUUUCUUGCCUAAAUAAUUUACCACUGGAUGUAGAGAUGUCUGGGGACUUUUAUUUUUUCUUUUCUUUCAACUAUACUGUCUUUAUUGCUGUGCUGAAAGCGAUGUUUGUUAAAGGGAUAGUUUUUCCAAAAAUUAAACUUUUGGCAUAAUUUAUUCGACCUCAUGUUGUUCCAAACCCUUAUGACUUCUGUGGAAAUCAAAAGAUAAUUGACAGAAUGACAGGCUCAGUCACUAUUCACAAGAUUCAAUAAAUGUAUUUAGUGAUUGAGACUAACAUACUGCCUAAUCUCUCCUUUUGUGUUCGUCAGAAGAAAGUCGGAUGAGUUGAGUAAAUGAUCACAGAAUUGUCAUUUUUGGGUGAAUUAUCCCUUUAAUCAGAACUUGCCUAGGGUUGAAGUUGAUAAACUCUUUUGAACUUGAAUAUCUUUGACAGUUUUUUAAUAAAUUAUCCCGUCUGCCUUACCUGCCAAUUCUUCCAUUAACUUCACCAUUGCAGAACUAAAUUGCGCCAGUCAGUUUCUUUUAGUCUGUGGAUCUUAUUUCUGCAGAGCUUACUACUAGUUUUAUUUACAAAGGUACAAAUGAGGUGAUUAACCAGGGGUGAUUUGUUAAAAUUGUCAUCACUGUUGAUUUUGUGUGCUUGACUGAGUGUUAUUUAUGUUAAUUUAUGUAACUUGGACUAUCUGCACAUUUUACGCUGCCCAAUAUAUCUGGAUUGCCAUAAAGCAUUCAGAUAAAGUCUUAAUAUAGUAUAUUUUUUUGCAGACCUGGUGAAGAGUACAUUUACUCAAGAGACUGAGUCGCUGAGUUUGUUUUUAGGUUUUAUUUGUUUUUGUUUUAAAUAUAAAUGUAAUAAAAUGUGUUUGUUCUUCAAAUGCUUCUAAUAUUGGAUUGUAAAAAAAUAUAUGAAAAUCAGGUUUCAGAUGCAAAUUAGGGAUGUCCUGAUACCGAUACUGGUACAGAAAUCAGGUCCGAUACCACGCUCAUGUACUUGUAAAAAUGUUCAGAUACCAAAAACCGAUACCAUCUGAUGUACAAAUUAUUAUUAAACCGCAAAGGCUGUGAUUUUAAUGGGAUAACUAUAUAGUUUGCAUGUGCUGCACGCUUCAAAUGUGAGCGCUUGUGAAUGUGUUCAGCCGAUGUUGUGCUGAUACUGGUUGCUCAUACCUUUUUACUAUGGUGUCCCUUUGGGCUCAAAAAUAUGAUUGCAUCACUCUAUGGAAAGCCAGAGGGACAAAAUUGUGUUUAGGUGUAAGGUGUGUAAGCGUCUGAACACGCAAUUUCAUGUACAGGCCUCCAUAUUUUGGCCAGUGGCAAGCUAGAAAUUUUGAAAGUGUG